GCUUUGGAAUCAUUCGAACACUGGCGUUCGAAGCGUGCGCACAGUUUGGCGCGGAUAUAUUGGCGCGUGGAUUUUAAAUUAUUCGUCGAUCAAGCGCGGUUUUAAUGAAGUGAUUACAUCUUUUUCUCUCGUGGUUUAAUGGUUGUGAGGUGAUGUGUCUUCCAAGAAGCCACCAUAAUUAACGCAGUUAAAGGAUAUAUCUGUGCGUUCGUUUAAAGUCUGUUACGUUUUUGCGGAGCAUACGCAGCAAGUGAUUUGGUUAUAAUUGUUAUGAUGUGAUGAGACGAAUCUCGUUGGCCUGAGAAGCAAGAAGUGAGAGACGUGUGAAACUGUACUUGUUCGGUGCGGAAAGAACCAGAAAGCAAGAUUUUGUGAACAGAAAUUGGAGUGGUUUUCGUCCUUUUUUGAACCUUGAGAAGGUCCCAAUUCAUAUACUGUAUCAUCGAUAUUGUUGAAUAACCACAACAUUCGCAAUGGAGGACGAUUCGCUAACGAAGGACAUCCGGAAGGACUCACUUUCUAAAAAUGGGAAGGCUGCCGACGGUGGAGAUGGGGAAAUUACCCUCAAGCCAAAGAUGACGCUAGUCAACGGAAUAACGGUGAUCGUCGGGUCGAUCAUCGGUUCCGGAAUUUUUGUCUCCCCAACCGGGGUGCUGAUCAAUACCGGCAGUGUGAACAUGUCGCUUGUUGUUUGGGUCCUAUCUGGUCUGUUCUCGAUGGUUGGUGCCUAUUGCUAUGCCGAGUUGGGAACGAUGAUAAAGAAAUCAGGUGCCGAUUAUGCGUACAUAAUGGAAACCUUUGGUCCUUUCAUGGCGUUCAUUCGCCUGUGGAUCGAGUGUAUGAUAGUGCGUCCUUGCUCGCAGGCCAUCGUUGCACUUACCUUCAGUGUGUACGUCCUGAAACCGUUUUUCCCCGAGUGCCAACCCCCGGAGGACGCGGCCCGGUUGCUAGCCGUCUGCUGUAUCUUGGUACUGACAUUUAUCAACUGUUGGGACGUAAAAUGGGCCACCGCCGUGCAGGAUAUCUUCACCUACGCCAAGCUGCUAGCCCUGUUCAUCAUCAUCGGCACUGGAGUAUACUACCUGAGCACAGGCCACACCGAGCAUUUCACGUUUGAUAACACGAAAACCGAAGUCACAUCAUUGGCGUUGUCGUUUUAUUCGGGUCUUUUUGCCUACAAUGGAUGGAACUACUUGAACUUUAUCAUCGAAGAGUUGAAGGAUCCAGUGAAAAAUCUUCCACGUGCAAUUGCCAUUUCGUGCACACUCGUAACCGUUGUGUACGUGUUUACCAACAUCUCCUUCUACACCAUCCUUUCGCCGGAGGAAGUGCUCGGUUCGGAGGCGGUCGCCGUUACCUUUGCCGAUCGUGUGUUUGGGAUGUUUGCCUGGACGAUUCCAGUUUUUGUGGCUCUGUCGACCUUCGGAGCCGUUAAUGGAAUCUUGCUGACGUCAUCGCGACUGUUCUAUGCCGGUGCCUGCGAAGGUCAGAUGCCCGAGAUUCUGACCAUGAUUCAAAUCCAGCGACUGACUCCGACUCCGGCCGUGCUAAUCAUGGCACUGCUUUCUAUGCUAUACCUGACCGUGUCGGAUAUUUUUGCGCUGAUUAACUACGUUGGAUUUGCCACAUGGCUGAGCAUUGGCGUUGCGGUUCUGUGCCUUCCAUGGCUGCGGUGGGCUCAGCCAAACCUCAACCGUCCGAUCAAGGUGAAUCUGAUCUUCCCAAUUUUCUACCUGAUAGCCACAGUAUUUGUCACGGUCGUUCCAAUGAUCGCAAGCCCGGUGGAGACCGGCUAUGGACUGCUCAUGAUUCUCACCAGUAUUCCCGUCUACUUCAUCUUCAUCGCGUGGCGAAACAAGCCUAAAUGGUUCAACCAUACGAUGGGCGGAUUCACUCAAAGUUUACAGAAGUUGAUGAUGGUGGUGCGGCCAAAACAGAAAUAAGUUGGUCCGCGUUGAGAGCAAAUGCGAACAGUGGCCCUCACGCGAUUCCUGCAAAAAAUGCUCAUGGUCGUUGGCAAGGCCAAACCAGCUCAGGUUUAAAUCAUCUCAUAAUCAGGAUAGUAGAAGGAAAGGCAACGAUCAGUAGUUACUGAGAGGACUACAUUAAGUCAAGGACAUGCAUUAUGAUUAUCAUUAUUGUAAGUGAAACUAUUAUUACAACAACAAACAAAAAAAACAGAGAGCGAACGGAUAGAAGAAUUGUUACGCCAGAUUGUUGUUAGGGGAGAACCCCGAAACUGUGGAUAUUUGUGGCAUUUGAUUGAUAGGUCGUUAUAUCUUAGAAGCGUUGUUUUUAUCAGACUCACGAAAGGUUGUUUUUGUUUAGUGCUUUUUUAAAUAUAAUAUUUGAACAUUCCAUAUAAUCACAGUUAAAGUGAUCCAAACAGUACGACUAUGUUUACCAUUACUUGAAAUGUAUUGUAGGAUUUUCUUGGCGACAAUAUGUUCCUGUUAGAUAUUUUAGAUAUUUUCGCACUGAUCUGCUUAAGAGAAUCCAACUUAAACACAAAAUGAGAGAACAAAAACUUCAGAAAGUGUUCAUUUUACAGUUAGUGGUAAUUGACAAAAUUUCAUUCCAAUUUUCCAACAGAAAAAAGUCAACAGUAACGAUAGAAAUGAAAAUAGAAACAAACAUAACACAGACAAUCCUCGACUACACAUUCCACCACUAUGAACCAUUGUUGCAGACUGCUAAAGCAAUAGUUGUGUUGCUCAUAUUCAGGAUAGCACAUAUCACGAAACAUGAAAUCGAAUCUCAAGUUGUAAUUAUUAUAUACCAUAUCAAUCCUUCGUUUGUUAACACGCCGAUCAAUUAUUUGGAGUUUCCAUUUUGAUGGUACUGCAGAAAAGGAUGCAUUCAAAUUAUACUUGUAAGUAACUGAUUCAAAUUUUGAAGCGGUAAGCAUUGCCAUUCGAAAAUGUUUUAAAUGUGUGAAAUCCGUGUAUUAACGAAGUUGUAUUUGCUGAUACGAAAAAGUCGUUUUGUCCCGCUGCUUGAAAAUUGAAAUGAUGAACCAAGAACCGCACCCACUGCUCCCGCAAGGAGCCAAUGAGAAUGAUUAGAAGUGAUCAAACAUUGUUGACAAUAAUCUAAAUUUUAGUGUUUUGAAUGGUCGAACUGAGAGAGCAAAUAGAGGAUUUAGUGGCUGAUUAAGCCAAUACAUUAUACACACCGCUAUGUAUAUUCAUGGAAUUCUAUAUAAGAGCAAAAACGAAGCAUAUUAGAUGUGAAUAUUAAAGAACACAAAGCAUGGAUGUGAAUGCCGUAUGUAGCAACAAUCUCGACUGUCUGAAAACAUCACUGCAGUAUAUACUCAACCGAAUCGCGCCAUAUUUCGGAGGGAUUGUAAAACGAAAGCUUUAGCUUACAAGGAGGGAACAGUUCAGACGAGAGAAUUAAAGCAAUGGCUGAUGAGAGCAAACGGGUAACGUUAGCUACUAUAGAACAAUAAAGUGUAUUACAGCAAA